UUAGAUAAACAGUAGCGUAUACGCAUGUGAGUGUUUGACAGGUACAAACAAACUAGAAUAACAAACUACCGGUUUGCCCUUAUUUCCACAAAGAGAUAAAUUAAGUAUCUGUCGUCGUAUUUGUGCUACCCGUUUAUCAUGGUUUUAAACAGAUCUUGAUGCUUAAGUUUGGCAUGUCCUCUGUUGCCAUCCUCUAACAGCACUACAGUCUCGAAGACCCUCCAGUUGAAAACGUGAGGGCAGACAUUAGAUUAGGUUAAAAUGUCUGCAUGUAAAAGGCUGCUUUACUUUGCAAAGCACAGAAGCUUAUGGACUCAUGUUCGGAGAAAUGUCACGACAUGGUCACCUGUUGGAGCUGCGUUUAAUGCCAGACCUCACAGGAGACUGGACCUGUUCGAGAAAAGCGUGGGUUUGUUUGGAGUGCCUGAGCUGCGUAGUCCUUCAGGUUUCCAGGUAGCAACAAAGGCAGCUCUGAAGAACACGGAGGAACUAGUGAAAAAAGCCUGUUCAUGUUCUCCAGGAGUUGAAACCGUCGAGGCGUUUGAUCAGUUAUCUGAUGGUCUGUGUAAAGUGGCUGAUCUGGCAGAUUUUGUAAAAGUUGCACAUCCAGAUUCAGGAUUCCGGGAAGCUGCAGAGAGGACAUGUGUGGAAAUUGGCACAGUUGUGGAGAAAUUAAACACUAAUGUAGAGUUAUGUAAGAGUCUAAAGAAGUUGCUGGACAACUCUGAUGUCGUGGCAAAGCUGGACCCUGACUCAAGGCGAGUGGCAGAGUUAUUCAUGUUUGACUUUGAAAUCAGUGGAAUUCAUCUGGAUGAUGAACUGAGGAAAAAGGCAGUCGCCCUCCAUGUGAAGCUUUUGGACCUAAACAAUGAGUUUCUGGUUGGUUCUCACAUGCCAAACAGAAUUGCAAGGUCUGCAAUUCCUGAACAUCUACAUCUGCAUUUUGCAAGUGAAGGAAGUUUCAUUCAGGUUGGAGGAUUACAUGCAGAUUCUCCUGAUGACUUGGUGCGAGAAAUUGCAUACCGAAUAUACCUCUAUCCGAAUGCAGAUAUAAUGGAGUGUCUGGAGGAGCUGCUGAAAUGCAGAUACAAACUGGCCAAACUGGUGGGCUAUGAGUCUUAUGGACACAGGGCACUGAAGGGCACGAUGGCCAAAACACCAGAAACGGUGAUGACCUUCCUUCAGCUGUUAACAGAUAAGCUCUCAGACAGAACAGCAAAAGACUUUAAGAUGAUGAGGGACAUGAAGAAAAAACUCAACCCUCGGAAUUCUGAGCUCAUGCCAUGGGAUCAUCCGUACCUCAGUGGCGUCUUGCGUGCUGAAAGGUAUAACAUAGAGCCCAGUCUGUAUAGUCCCUACUUGUCUCUGGGCUCCUGCAUGGAGGGCUUGAAUAACCUCUUCACUCAGCUGUACGGCGUCUCCCUCAUGUCCGAACCCCCUAGAGCAGGAGAGGUCUGGAGCGACGACGUCCGCAAACUGGCUGUGGUACAUGAAACAGAGGGAUUACUGGGAUACAUCUACUGUGAUUUUUUCCACCGUGCAGAUAAACCUCAUCAGGACUGUCACUUCACCAUUCGCGGUGGGCGCUGGUGCCAGGAAACGGGUCAGUACCAGCUGCCGGUGGUGGUGCUGAUGCUGAGUCUACCCCUUCCCACUAAGAGCGCCCCCACCCUGCUCACUCCAGGGAUGAUGGAAAACCUCUUUCAUGAGAUGGGACACGCAAUGCAUUCUAUGCUUGGACGCACUCGCUACCAGCAUGUGACAGGAACCAGAUGUGCGACUGACUUUGCUGAAGUCCCUUCAAUCCUCAUGGAGUAUUUUGCCACUGACUACCGCGUCAUCAGCCAGUUUGCACGCCAUUAUGAAACUGGCCAGCCUCUCCCAGAGAGUAUGGUGGCUCGUCUGUGUGAGUCAAAGAAGGUGUGUGGAGCUGCAGAUACUCAGUUACAGAUCUUCUACGCUGUCUUGGACCAGCUCUACCACAGCGCACCUCAAAACCGUUCCACAACUGAAAUCCUUAAAGAGAUGCAGCAGAAGUUCUAUGGCUUGCCUUACACACCCAAUACGGCAUGGCAGCUGAGGUUCAGCCACCUUAUUGGCUACGGUGCCAAGUACUACUCCUACCUCAUGUCCCGGGCCGUGGCGUCAAUGGUGUGGAAGCAGUGCUUUGUCCAGGACCCUUUAAACAGGGACAUGGGUGAGCGUUACCGGCAGGAGAUGCUGGCCCAUGGUGGAGCCAAGGAGCCCAUGCUGAUGGUGGAAGGGAUGCUACAGAGACGGCCCACUAUUGAGGACUUUGUGGAUGCGCUGGUGUCAGAGCUCAACCCAAACUUCGAGACCUUCAUCAUGGACUCUGAAAGCUGAAACGUGUGCAGUGACGUGGACUCGGACAUGGCAGAGUGUCACACUAAAGCUGAGCCAAGGGAAGAGGACGUAGCGGUGGAGUUCACAUCCUUUAGUACAGAGGUGUCAAACUCAUUUUAGUUCAGGGGCCACAUUCAGCCCAAUACAAUCUGAAGUG